GAAGAAUGCGAGACCUCGCGGCUCAGGUAACGAGCAGCCUGCUGCAGUUUCCCGAGGUGACCAUUCAGGCUCUUGGGGAAGAUGAGACCACCCGAGGGUCUGUGCUGCGUGGGCGGUUUUCCAGAGGGAGAGAUGGGCUGGCCUGGCUGGCGUGUGGCCCUCAGCUGGAGGUCGUGAGCGCUGUGACGGGAGAGCGGCUCUCUGCACACCGUUUCAGUGGAGCCCGUGAGCAGCCUCCCACCAUCCGCGUGGUGAAGGAGGUUUCCUGGCAGACGGGAACGGGGCUGCUGGUUGGCUUGAGAGAAGCAGAGGGAAGUGUUCUCUGCCUGUACGACCCUGGAACAUCGAGCGUGGUUACAGCAGUAGUUCUGCCAGGAAGGGUAACUGCUGUAGAGCCCAUAACUAACCCCGGAGGAGCCAGCGCGAGGCCUUGGCACCUGCACCGGGCUCUGCAAGGGUUUUGUGGCGUGGCAGCGGUGGCGACAGAUGUUGGUCAUCUGCUUGUGGUGGACCUUGGUUUGGAUGAUCUCUCUUGCAGUCAGAGGGAGAAUGAACCAUCGGGUCUAACAGUUGUCACUAGAGCUGCUGCUGGCGUUUCACAAGGAAGAGCAACCGUGAGCAGAGCAGGGAGACAUCUCUGCCUUCAGUUACAGUGUCCUUCAGGAACAGCGCUCUCGACCCUGUGCUACAUCAGCAGAAGCAACCAGCUCGCCGUGGGUUUUUCCGACGGCUCCCUGUCACUGUGGAAUAUGAAAACUCUGCAGCGGGAGCACCACUGUCAGCUUGAAGGAGGAAGGAUUCCUGUCUGCGCCGUUACUUUUCAAGAGCCUGAGCACGAUCCUCGCAACUGCUGCUACUUGUGGGCUGUUCAGUCGACGCAAGAAAGUGAAGGCGAUGCCGUGAGUUUACAUCUGUUGCAGUUAGCGUUCGCAGACAGGAGGCCCUUGGCUUCAGGACAAGCCAUGUACGAGGGUUUGGCAUCCUGUGUUGAAAAGUACAGUUUGGAUCUGACGGGUGGAGCCUUUCCCUUGAGAGGGCAGGGCAGCAAGGCCAAACUACUCAGCUGUCAGGCUGUAGAAAUCUUUCCCAACUGCAUUGACAGAGAAGGCAGCGUUGAUGAAGUCAUAUCUCCUGACAUCAGUGUCUCCGUCUUCAGCUGGCAAGUGAACACACGCGGCCAGGGAAAACCAUCUACUUAUUUGGGUGUAUUUGACUUGGACUGCUGGUAUCAGGCUCAAAUGCCAGGCUCACUAAGGCCAGAAGAAUCCCUUCAGGACUGCCCCUAUUUUGCACUGUGGUCACUGGACGCUGUGACAAGCACGACUGCUCCAAACCCCCUUCUGGAUGUUGUGGUGCAGGAGCGCAGCCUAAGCUGGAGAGUUCCUCCUUCUUACCCACAACCUGAGCUGUGUUUUCAUCCAAGCACCUAUAAAUUUGAUGGCACGUGCCUGCUGAGCUCUGGAGUUGUUCAUGUGACGUGCAGCGGCUUCCAGGACGGCUCCUGCAGCUCCACUGACCCGCAGAGGUUACAGGCUCUGCAGCACCGCCAGUUGCUUUUGAGCAACCUUAGCACAGUCUUGAACUGUUUUCUAACAGAGGCACAAGAGCUCGCCGGAGAAGCUUCUGUUGACUUGACAAAUAAGCUGGCGGUGACCAGCCUCGCAGCUUUGUAUGCACGAGUGGUCCUCUGGUUCUGUGGGUCCCGCCUCCUGCCCGAGGGCUCAGGUUACGAGAUGCGUUUCUCUAGACCUUUCUACAAUUAUCCUCUGAUUCGGAGCUACUACGCUGGUCAUCGACAGCAACUGGAGCGUUUAUCAAGAGGCAAACGGGACUCUGACUGCCUGAUGGUCGAUGGGAUGGUUUCCCAGUUGGGAGACCGAGUUGAGGAGAUGUGGCGGAGAGAGGAAGGAGGAACGGGGAAAUACCCACCUCCUAGCUUACAGGCACUGCUGGAGCUCUAUUUGCUAGAAGGCGUUGAAGAAAGCCACAAACAUGCAAUCACAAUUUACUUGCUGCUAGACAUCAUGCAUCCCUUUCCGAACAAAACAGAAGCUUCCGUCGACUCCUUCGCAGCUGCCUUUGCCAUCCCUUCGGGCCUUGUUAAGCUUAUUCGAGGUUUUUGGCUUCUAGACCACAAGGACUAUGAUAGCUCCCUGGCCCUGCUGCUUGAACCAACUGCAACCAAACCUGUGUCGUGGCAAGACGUGCGAAUUCUUCAGUCCCUCAUGUGCCAAGGAGAGCAUAGGCGAGCCCUCAGAUACAUGCAGGUGAUGAAGCUCUCGGCCUCCAGCUGUAGCGAAGUGCGGCUUUUCCUCACUGUGCUGUUGUCCAAUAGGUGCAUGGCGGAGGCUUGGGCUCUGCUGCAGGAGCACACCACUCAGUUAAAGGAGGAAGAGCUAUUAAAAGACAUGUAUGACAUCUGUCGGGAGAUGGGACUAGUGGAAGACUUCCUGAGGCUGCCUUUCACAGACUCUGAACAAAAUUGUUUGGAGAAAUUUUUACGGACUCGUGAGAUUCUUUCAGCCCGGCACCUGCAGCGUGCCAACUGUACGGCAGCCCCACAGCUGAACCAGGCGAUGAACGUUCAUCUCAUGAACGACUGUGCUCCUCGCUGGAGACAGAGAGCAGUUGCCAGAAAUUCUCUCUCAGCCCAGCACGGCAAGACCCUUCCUAGAGGUCAGAGGCAGCUGGCUGUAGAGAGAGCCAAGCCUUACCAUCUGCCU